AUGAAUCCCUACUCGCCGGAGUUCGUACCUGAUAACCCCAGCCAGAGGGUCCAGGAGAGAUUGGCGUUUCUAAACAGUAACACUCCUCAUUCAAACGACAACAUUUCUACUGCUUCCCAGGCCCUUACUCUCCAAUCUUUGAACAUGUCAAGCCAGGUCCUUCCUAGACCCAGCAGACAUCCCUAUGGCUCACUUGCCUACUCUCAACCUCCAAUCAUUGCUCAGCUUCCCUACCAACCCCGGCAGACCGAUAUUGUAUCUCCAAUGACUCGCCGUGCUACUUCUUCGCUGUUGCAGCAACUGAACAAACUUGAGAUCCAGGAACCUUCUGUGAGCGCUCAAGCCAUUGCCGCAUAUAGGGAGAGCGUUGACAAAACUACCAACCCGCGUGAAAUGCCAAUUGGUAGUCUUGUUGACAACAGAGAGCCUCCCUCUUUUGGUGUCGUUAAGAUUUCGAACAUUCCAUAUUCCAUCACAAAACAGGAAAUACUCCAGUUUCUCGGUCGUCAGGCACGCCUGAUUACCCCAGAACAAGGCUGUCCAAUCCAUAUCAUUAUGGAAAGAUCCACCGCUAAGACGAUGGACUGCUACGCCGAGUUUCAGACCCAUGCCGAUGCGAGAGACACCGCUAAUCGCAUCAACCGUAUCUACGAGUCUGGACGUCCGCCUCGUCUUGGUAAUCGCCACGUUGAUGUUGAUCUUACUGACCAGAACGAGCUUUUGAAAGACUUAUUCCCACGUGCAAAGUGCAUUGUUUGGAGGGGCGGUAUGCCAUAUCCCCAGGAGAAUAGCGACCCUUAUUGCUCGGGCUUUACUGGCUUCUUCACCGGGGAGGAAAUAACUUUGGCCAUUCGUCAUGCAGAAAUACCUCAUCGUUCUCCCUUCUGCGACAAAUGCCCGCAACGCACUUACGAGUCCACUAUAAGCACACUCCACAAGUUUCCUUGGCAUGCUCCUCAGUGUUACACGGUGCAUGAUCGUAAUCAGUUGUUUGAGUUGGCCAACCGUCACAUACAAUCUCUCGUUUCUCGUAUCAAAAGAGUCAACACCGUUGGUCUUGAUCAGAAACUGCUCAAUGAUCUGCUCCAGGCAGGUCUCAAAUGCCCUACUUUCAACGAGCGGCAGAAAUAUACUCUGUGCAUCAAUUCAGAGAUUUCGAGCGAAAUAAUCAAGCUACCAGAAACUAGCAAAUGGUUUCCGUUUGAUAGUCUUGCUAGAAAGCCUAAUUUCAAUGAGGACAUCCAUACGUACUUCAUGACGCUCAUUUCGCAGGGCAGCGAACACGAGUUUGAAACAAUGGGAUUGUCUAACACAUUCCCAAAGGAUAUCCCAGUUCUUCGUUCUCCCUUUGGUCAAAUCUGGUUUGAGUGGCCACAGUCUGCCUCCCAAAUCAGUUGGGAGACAGCGGUUCAUCAUGAGAUGGUCAUUCUCUGUACUUUGGUCUUUAACGGGUGGAUUAAUGACGACAUGAACAAUGUGUUCAACGACAGAAGGGUAUAUGGAGACUCAUCGCUGUCACUUGCCCCCGGCAAUGGCCGCAUGUUGCGCAUUUCGCCCAGUGACACUGAGAAAAACCAAGUGUUAUCCCAUUCUGAUGUCCACGCCACCCACUUCCGCCGCGCAAGCGAGUCAGUGGGAAUAGGCAGCGUUGCCAGCUCUGGAAAGACCGGAAACACUUGGAAUCAUAGAUUGCUGUUGUACCCCCCCGGUGGAAAUCGCCGCGGCCACCGUAACACCCAAUCGUCUCCCAUGUGUCUUCCGUCGCCCACCACGAACCCCUGGGGGGAUCUAAGUUCCGAAUGA